AUGAUCUCUCCUACCAGUAUUGACCAUUUUAUGCCUACGGAUGUGAGACGAAAACCAUCACUCACAUGGAUUGG